GCGGAAGUACACUGUUGGCGUCAAGAAACCAGUUGGAGGAAAAAGAUUUUCCUCCUGCUGGUAAAACUGCUCCACUCUGAGUCUAACAAAGACCGAACAAGCUACGAAUUUGUCGCCGAUGGACCGUUGGAAAACUGUAUAAUUUGUAGGAGGCGCGGCUGCCCAUUCGGCGGGCCGGUCCGGAACCAGAACCAGGCCCCGGACAUAAGCGGCUCUGCUAUAGCGGAGGGCUGAUGUGUGGGUGAGCAAAGUGGCAUGCCGUGGUUAGAGGAGGUUAAAUGUGGAUCACCGUGACUCGCUGUCUGUAGGUAGGCGGCGGGUUCUCCAGGAAGUCCAGGCCGACCUGCGGUGCGUCGGAUCGGCUGUGAAGCUCCGGGAUGGCUCAGCUGGAAGUCAGCCAGACAGGAGCUAGCUUCACCGUGAGCUAACAUCGGAGUUAACCGACAUCAACUUUGAGUCGCGCGCAGGCCCAGAGAAAGAGAGACAGAAAAAAACACAAAAUAUGACUAUCGGAGCGGGGUUUCUGUAAGUUACGGGGUUUGUUUUUAUUCCGCUUUACUUGUCCGCGUUUCCUUCAGGCCUGCUCGGUGUUUAUGGAGCGAGUAUAGCUGCGCCGUUAGCCAGCCUCCACCGCCCCAAUGAAAGAAUACAAAGUUGUCGUGCUGGGCAGCGGCGGCGUCGGGAAGUCCGCGCUCACCGUGCAGUUUGUCACCGGCACCUUCAUCGAGAAGUACGACCCGACCAUCGAGGACUUCUACCGGAAGGAGAUCGAGGUGGACUCGUCGCCCUCCGUGCUGGAGAUCUUGGACACGGCGGGGACGGAGCAGUUCGCCUCCAUGAGAGACCUGUACAUUAAAAACGGCCAGGGUUUCAUCCUGGUCUACAGCCUGGUCAACCAGCAGUCCUUUCAGGAUAUCAGACCGAUGCGAGACCAAAUAGUGCGAGUGAAGCGCUUCGAGAAGGUGCCGUUGAUCCUGGUCGGCAACAAGGUGGACCUGGAGUCGGAGCGCGAGGUCGCCGGCUCAGACGGGCGAGCCCUGGCUCAGGAGUGGGGCUGCCCUUUCAUCGAGACAUCCGCCAAGAGCAAGACGAUGGUGGACGAGCUUUUCGCAGAGAUCGUCCGACAGAUGAACUACUCCACGCUGCCGGAGAAGCAGGAGCAGUGCUGCACAGCCUGCGUGGUGCAGUGAGGAAGAGGCGUUUUAAAGCCCCCGAGGAUAACCUGACGUUGUGAAAAAGAAACUUACCGCAUCAGGUAACCGCUCUGUCCCAGAGACGGGAGAGACCUAUUUUUGAUAAGUGUUGGACGAUGCUUCUGCUGCAACCUCUACGGCCUUCUCAACGAACCUGAAAGCAGUCAUACGAACUGGCUCGGCAGAGCAGCCCUCUGUGAAUUCCUGUCUUAUUAUUUUUAAUAUUUUACUUUUGUCCUUAUAGAUGGAGGUUUUCCUUACAUACUAAGCAGAAGUGUUUUGUGAGGUUGCAGCAUCUUUUUAAGGCUGCUUUAAUCACUAUUAUAUUCUUUAAUAUUACUUGUGUCAUGUCUAAAAUUUGGGAUUUGAUAAAGUAUUUCAUUAUAAUGGAACAUUUAGAUUUUCUUUCUUUUUUUAAGCAUGCAUACUUAAACCAGUGUGCUGCUCGGGCGUGCGGAUCAUCGUCUUUUAAAACUUUCAGCCUGAGUGUUUUUUCUAAACCUCAUCAAGGUAUGUCUUUGUAGUCUUAUAGACCUUUUUGAAAAUGGACACACUGGUAAUAUUUACUUUAGGGACAGUUCAGUAUCGUCAUCUCUGUGACCUGAAGUAACUAAAAAAAACAGCCCUGCUCCAAAGUGAACAUGUCUCAAUGAGCCAUUAUGUUUCUGCUUCUAGCCCGAAGUCUCUAAAAGACGCAGGUCUUCCGUUUCUACUUUAUUUUUUCGUUUUAAACCUCCUUUCAGGUUUUCGGAACGACCAAAGUCUGCCAACACUCCCGAGACGAGAAACGCGCGUCGCUUUAAAUUCCUGACAUGUAAAUCCCCGCCGCCGUGUGGUCCGGUGAAAGUUCUGGCACAGCUCAUCUACUUUUAACUUUUGUACUUUUCUUUUUAUUACAGUAACAUAUUUAUUAAAACAUGACAUGGGUAGCCAAUUCUAAGCUUCAUUUUAUACUAGACUCUGCUUUUAUUGUGAGUUUUCAGGAUAUUUUUUUCUUGUUAUUUUUAAGCAGAGAAUUUAACAGAGCCUUAAAUUCCCCCCCAGCUGUCAUUGUUUUUUGUUUCUUUUUUUCUCAAAGAUAAACUGUAACUAUUUGAAAAUAAACAUGCUGGAACUUAAGAUUUUGUGGACACAGAUAAAGUAUUAUCUUUAAAUGAGACACAA